UCAAUUUGACGUCGACUUUAUCAUCUUUUGUCAUUAAAAACUUCAAGGAAAAUUAAUCCGCUGUAUUUCUUAAAUUUUGUCAAAAGAAUUAAUUUUUUUCGGAAAUGGGUGAUCAGCCUCCACAAAUGUCUAUGCCACCUGGUCCCAUGCCGGGGGGCCCACCACCAUUGCUAGGUAUGCGGCCGCCGCCAGGUUUGUUGCCCGGACCUCCGGUACCACCAAUGUUUCCUCCCGGUCUUAAUAUUAAUCCGCAUCAACAAAUGCCGCCACCACCACAACAAAUGCAGCCCCCGCCACAACAACAAUUGCCUCCACCACCCCAACAAAUGAACCCUCAGCAGAUGGCACCACAACAAAUGAACCCCCAACAAAUGCCACCACAACAAAUGAACCCCCAACAAAUGCCACCACUCACAACAAUGCCGCCUCAGAGGCUACCGCCGCCACAUCAACAAAUACCUCCACCACAUCAACAAAUACCUCCACCACAACAAUGGAAUCACGGACCACCACCACCGAGAGUUGAGGUACCUAACGUUGAUCAAGCUUCGCGUCCCAUGCCACUCAUGUCAAUGCCGGUAGAAAAGCCAAUACCCGGUAACGACUCCAAUGGGACUGGAACUUCUGCUUCCGCGGAUGGUGCUGGAGAUGGAGCUGUAUCUGGAGAAAAUUCUGAUAGCGAAGAUAAGAACAAGAAGCCCGCCGAAGUGGUGCUUCCAAAAGCUUUGGAAGAUGUUUUAGCGCUGAAAGAUCAACGUGCAGCAGAAUUCCAUAUAAAUGCUGAAGAUUUUACUUCAAACGACAUGAAUAAUGUUGGCAUUGAAGCUGUUGGAGGUGGUGUUAUUGGGACCGACUAUGGCGAUGCAGGCGAAGAUUCUGAUGAUGAAGGCGACUCUCAAAUGAAUGGUGGUUUAGCGGCAAAAGGCGUCAAGCAAAGUCGUGCAGAAAAAAAUAAAAAGAAGAAGCGAAGAAAGAAGCAAAAUCGUAAGUUGAGACAGCAACGGGAGCAAGAACGGACCAAUGGAAUCGGUGGUGACAUGGAAAAUGAACCUCCAACCGGAGGUGAUAGUAAAGCAGAUGACGAAGACAUAAAUGAUGAAUCAAAUAAAGCAGCAAAAAGUUCAGAUGAUGAAGAAGAGGAGAAGCAUGCAAAGGAUAAACAGAAAGGCAAAAAUAAAACUAGCAAGGAUAGUAAGAGCAAAAAGAAUAAGAGCAAGGAUAAAGAGAAAGAGAAAAAAAUAGAAAAGGAGAACUCUGCUGACAGUAAAGAAAAAUCUGUAGAGGCCGUUGAGGAAGAUGUAACCGUAGAAUAUGUGCCGGAGCGUAUUACUAUCGCUGACUUGGCACCAAUGUAUCGGCAAUUUUACCGCGUUUUCGAAAUAUUCAAAUUAGAGAAUAAACCCAAAGCGGUUGAAAAAGAUAAAAAAGCUACUGAAACCGAAGGCGCAGCCGUGCAGAAGAAGCCAAUUGAUAAAAUGCAAGAUGAUGACGACGAUGAAGAAAAUGAGGAAACAAAAGAAGACAAGGAAAAACUAUCAAAGCGUAAACUUAAAAAGCUUACACGCCUUAGUGUCGCCGAACUAAAGCAAUUGGUCUCACGUCCUGACGUUGUGGAAAUGCACGACGUCACUGCCCGUGAUCCAAAAUUACUUGUUCAAUUGAAAGCCUAUCGCAAUACUGUACAAGUGCCACGUCACUGGUGUUUCAAGCGCAAAUAUUUGCAAGGUAAGCGGGGUAUUGAGAAACCACCGUUUGACUUACCGGCCUUCAUCAAGAAGACCGGCAUUAUGGAAAUGCGCGAAUCUCUGCAGGAAAAGGACGAUGCCAAAUCACUGAAAUCCAAAAUGCGCGAGCGUGUUCGUCCGAAAAUGGGAAAAAUCGAUAUAGAUUAUCAAAAGUUACACGAUGCAUUUUUCAAGUGGCAAACAAAGCCACGCAUGACUAUACACGGUGAUCUGUACUACGAAGGCAAAGAAUAUGAGACACGUUUGAAAGAGAAGAAGCCGGGUGAUUUGUCCGAAGAGUUGCGCAUAGCGCUUGGUAUGCCAGUGGGACCUAAUUCACAUAAGAUUCCACCACCAUGGUUAAUUGCGCAACAGCGUUAUGGACCACCCCCAUCGUAUCCGAAUCUAAAAAUACCCGGAUUAAAUGCCCCGAUACCAGAGGGUACGUCAUUUGGCUAUCAUGCCGGCGGUUGGGGCAAACCACCUGUAGAUGAAAAUGGCAAACCGUUGUAUGGCGACGUAUUUGGAACCAAUAUAAUGGAUUUGGACAGUGGCAUUGACGAAGGCGAUAUUGAACGCAAUCAAUGGGGUGAACUCGAGUCUGAGUCUGAGGAGUCGUCCGAAGAAGAGGAGGAGGAUGGCGAAGAUCUUGGUAAUCAACCGGACGAUAGUGGACUUGUUACUCCAGCAGAAGGCUUGGUAACACCAUCUGGCCUAACAAGUGUGCCCGCCGGCAUGGAGACGCCCGAAACGAUUGAGUUGCGCAAAAAGAAAAUUGAAGCCGAAAUGGAAGACAACGACACCCCCGUCUUAUAUCAAGUACUGCCCGAAAAGCGCACCGAUCGCGUUGGUGCUUCUAUGAUGGGAUCCACACACGUCUACGACAUUAGUGGCGUAAGUAAGCCAGCAGCGCGUGCUGCUGUUACGGUUGAUCGUGAAGGUACCGUCGAAUUGGCUUUGGAUCCGUCGGAAUUGGACUUGGACAAUGAGGCCAUGGCACAACGCUAUGAACAACAAAUGCGGGAGCAACAAAGCCAUCUGCAGAAAGAAGAUCUCUCAGAUAUGUUAGCUGAGCACGUAGCACGUCAAAAGUCGAAACGUAAACGGCAGCAAGCCGACACGACAAGCAAGACAACCAAGAAAUAUAAAGAAUUUAAAUUUUGAAUUUUUGCUAGCAAUAAUUUG